CACACUUUUUUUUAAAAAAAACAAUAAUAUAUAAAUUAUGUCAGCCAACGAUCGUUUGAACACUAUCAAAGGACAUUUGUCCGGUAACUUUCCUCAAGGUUUAUUAGCUGGCGAAGUUGCCAUCAUCACAGGUUCAGGUCAAGGUAUUGGUAAGAGUUGUGCUGAAUACUUUGCUCGUGAAGGAGCUCUUGUUGUUGUAACCGAUAUUGAUGCUGCCAAAUCCGAUCAAGUUGCUGCCGAUAUCAACGCCGCCGGCCUUAAGGCUAUUUCCAUUCCUGGCGAUAUCUUGGACCCCACCUUCCCCGAACGUUUGAUUGAAGGUACUGUUCAACAAUUCGGAAAGAUCAACCAUAUUGUCAACAAUGCUGGUUUCACUUUUGACGGUAUGAUCCACAAGAUGACUGAUAAGCAAUGGGAUCUCAUGAUUGCCGUCCACAACACUGCUCCCUUCAAGAUUGUUCGUGCUGCCGCCAAGUAUCUUCGUAAGAAGGACGGACAAAACAAGUCCAUUGUCAAUAUCUCUUCUACCUCUGGUCUCCAUGGUAAUGUAGGUCAAGCCAAUUAUGCUACCGCUAAGGCUGGUAUUGUUGGUUUAACAAAGACCAUCGCAAAGGAAUGGGGUGUCUUUGGUGUCCGUUGUAAUACUGUUGCCUUUGGUUGGGUUGAUACUCGUCUUACUCGUGCCAAGGAGUCCGGUGCUUCUAUUGAGGUUGAUGGUCAAAAGGUUGCUCUUGGUAUCCCCACUGGUGGUAAGGCUCCUCCUGCCAGUGUCAACUUGUAUGCUGAUAUUCCUCUUGGUCGUGCCGGUACUGCUGAUGAAGUUGCUGGUUCUGUUUUGUCUCUUUGUACUCCCUUAACCAGCUAUGUCACUGGUCAUACCCUUGAAGUCACUGGUGGUCGUGGUAUCUAAUUCUUUGUUCCCGCACUAUUCUCCAUAUCCCCCCACCCUUCUUUGUAUAAUAAACAGAAAGUUUUUUUAUUCUUUGAAAGGUAAUAAA